AUGUACAAUGACACGAAGAACUUUCCAGAUAAGCCUAGUGCCUCUGAGACCCAACCUCCCCAACUCGCCAACAUGGGCUGCGCCCCGUCCAAACCGGCCGUUCGUCGCUCCAGAGAGCCCGAAACCACCUUCCCACGCUACACCGGCCCUAAAGAUUUCCGUGCCAGCGUGAUGCCUGAGCGUGAGCGCUCCAGAGAGUCCGAAACCCCCUUGCCGCGCUACACAGGCCCGAAAGAAUUCCGCGCCAGUGUGAUGCCGGAGCGUAGGUCCGACCGUCAAGCAGCUCAGAUGUAUCAGACGUACCAGAGAUUAGACAAGCAGCGCGGCAUGCGUGCGGAAAGGCGCUAUUCAUGGGAGGGACACCCGUCGGAGAAGGUACUCACGACGUUUGAUCAGCUGGCGGACCGCGGCAUUAUUCCUAAGAAUGCGUUGAAGAGGAAGUAG